UGGAGCGGGAUCCCCUGCGAUACGCAUUGCUCAUCUUGCUUCUCGUGCCCCACGGAGCUGGUGGGAUUGUGCUCGGCCGGAAGGCCGCCGCUGGUGGUGGCGUCCGUGGAGAAACGGAGACCUACGCCGUCAUCUUUGACGCCGGGAGCACCGGGAGCCGGGUCCACGUCUUCCGGUUCGACCAGAACAUGGACCUGGUCAACAUCGGUGACGACAUUGAGCUCUUCGUUGCGGCCAGUAGGUGGAAAGCAGCAGACUAUGAAUCCAUUGAUGGGAGAUAAUGGGUGAUUUAAGAGAAAGGACAUGUUAAAAACUGUUGAUAGGAGAGUUAAACCAGGUUUGAGCUCAUAUGACGAUGAUCCCCAAGAGGCAGCCAAUUCACUUAUUCCUCUUCUGGAGGAAGCUGAAGGAGUGAUUCCUGAGGAAUUGCAACCAACAACACCUAUUAGAUUGGGGGCAACUGCUGGUCUGAGAAUCUUAGGAGAAGAAAAGUCUGAAAAAAUUUUGAAAGCGGUCAGGGAUCUUUUUCAAACCAACAGCUCAUUAGAGUACAAGUCAGAGUGGGUCACUGUUCUUGAAGGAUAUCAAGAAGGUUCUUAUUUAUGGGUUGCUAUGAAUUAUUUGUUAGGGAAUUUGGGAAAUAAAUACUCAGACACAGUUGGAGUGGUUGAUUUAGGAGGUGGCUCUGUCCAAAUGGCUUAUGCUCUCUCAAAAGAGGCUGCUGCAAAUGCUCCAAAUAUCUCAAUUGGAAACAAUCCUUAUGUGACCAAACAACUUCUUAAUGAAACUAAUUACUAUCUUUAUGCUUACAGUUACUUGCAUUAUGGCUUAUUUGCUGCUCGAGCUGAGAUUCUGGAGGCUGUGGAUGGCCCUUACAGCUAUUGCGUUUUGGGUGGCUAUGCUGGUUCCUAUAAGUAUAGUGGGAAGGUCUACAAUGCUUCAGCUUCACCUUCAGGGUCUAGCUACUCCAAAUGUAGGGUCGAAGCAAUAAAAGCUCUAAAAAUAAAUGAAAUAUGUACAUACCAAGACUGCACAUUUGGUGGCGUGUGGAGUGGUGGAGGUGGAGAUGGGCAGAAGAACCUAUAUGUGGCAUCUAGUUUCUAUUACACAGCUGCUGAGGUUGGAUUUAUAGACUCCGAGACGCCAAAUGCUCUGGUUAGACCUUCAGACUUUAAGAAAGCCGCAAAAAUUGCUUGCAAAUCGAGUCUUGAGGAAGCUAAUGUCACCUAUCCUAAUGUCACGGAGGAUAACUUGCCAUACAUAUGCAUGGACCUUGUCUAUGAAUACACAUUGCUCGUGGAUGGUUUUGGGUUGAAGCCAACACAAGAGAUCACAUUGGUUACAAAGGUGGAGUAUGGUGAUUCCUAUGUGAAUGCAGCAUGGCCACUUGGUAGUGCCAUUGAAGUUGUGUCAUCUCAAUCUCCACAAUCACCUGCAUUGAAAAGCUUUCGGCGCUUAUGGAUUCAAUAGUGAUUUUGUAACCAGCAUUCUGGCCUAUAAUGCUAAAAGAACAAUUAUCCUACUUAAAUAUUGUAGUGAGGCCAGUCCUCAUGGAUCAUGUGGACAUCUCAAUCUUAUCUCUAUUUCAUAUUCUGUUUCUUAUGUGUUUUAAAGGGACAUGAUAUUUCUACUAAGAGUAAAAAGGCAUGUUAUUUCCUCCA